UGAUGGAUCCGAUUUCAGAACCAAAAGAGAAAAAAAAACUACUGCAAAAAAUCCCAAAUCUUCCGUAUACUUUUGGAAUCCACUCUCCGCACGAUUUCUCCCUCCUCACGCUGUUUUCUAUGAACGUUCCAGAAUCAAGCCCCGGUUUUCUUUGAACCUCAUGCUUACGUUGGGCUGUGAUUGCGUUACUUUCUUUUUUUUUUUUCUCCUUCUCUUCUUCCUUUUGUAUACUUUCUAAUUGCUAUUUUCUUUUGGCGGCAGCCCGUCCAUCUCCCCUCCUCCCAACAUGUAUGUCCGCUAUUCUUCUACCUCAUAAUCUUGUUCCCUCAAGGGGUGUCCUACUUUCUUGAUCCUCAACUCUCUCCUCUUCUCUCCUACCCCCAAAUCGGUCAAUUCGGGUCAUGAGCUGUCUGCUUCGAUGGUCCUCCCCUGACAGAUGCCCAUGAAUUCGCAAUCUGGCCGAGGACUCGGCGCCAUCAGAGAUCUGUUCCGCUCUGCUCCCCCGCCUUCCUCCUCUUCCUCCUCCCCUUCCCCCCGGCGCCGUGUCUCCCUCCUGGUUCGUCGAGGUAGGGAUCUCUUUUCAAACAAAUACACUGUAGAACCGCCCAGAUCAGCAUCACCAUCCCGCAUGAACUCGCAAUCGCAAUUCGAUCCGGCUGCCAUGAUCGGGCUGGUCGGUGCCUCGCCCGGGAGAACAGAAGACAACUUUGACAUUUUCGAAUGGUAUCCACGCUACCAGAGCUGCCAACGAUAUUUCCUCGACCAUGCACAACACAGCGUGCCCGUGCAGGCACUAUCGGCCUUCUUGAACAUCAGAUUACCCUUCCAACGACAACCAAACCCGGUCAUGAAUUCGAACCCUCUAUCCGCACCAUCUGCGCCAACCCCAGGCGGUCCAGCACUACCAGGCCCGCCCGCAGUUUCAUUGAUCCCGUAUAUUCGCCGUCUAGUCGCCACGGGUAUGGAUUUCCCAGGAGUGCUGCAUGGAUUCUUUGGAGACGACUGGGGCACGGGUGUUGGUCCCCUACACGAGCAAGAACGUCGCAACUAUCUAUUCGCCGCAAAGAGCGGGGGCUGGGCUUCCGUGAAAAAGGACUACGACAUGUCCCCGUCAGAAACGAUCCCAUUCCUUCGCCCGUUGCAGGGUCCAUUGGAUGCGGAGAUUGAAGCUGCCGAGCGCAGUUGGAGCGAGUGGCUUGCUAUGGAAGAUUGGAUGGUUGGUCCGCGAGCGCCGGACAAUCUUCACGACUCCUCGUCACAGAACUCGCGCGCGCGAAGUUCUCGAUGAAUUCGACAGCGCCCUCGUUCCCUAUUGUUCUUCCAUUCUAUGACAUGUGUUCAUUAUCUACUUUUACUCCCUUGUCACCUUGAUUUUGUUUCUGCCCUCUGUCUUUCGGAGCAUCGCAUCCAUGGGAACGGCGACGUGGUCCUAUUGAGACCGUCGGGUCCAUUAGACUUGUUUAGCAAUCGUGUCCUUUUCAUUCUCUUCUGGGUAUUUGAAAGCGUUUUGUUGAUACAGGAUCACAAGAGAGCUCUGCGCCGGAUCGUCCACACCACCCUUCCAGGCGCCCUUGCAUUCUACAAAAUAGAGACGCCGAGUCUACUUCUGCAUCUCCUAAGCUAGGAUCUUUGGCUAUGACUAUAUAUACAUAUCUGCAUUCCCAAGCAUGGGAUCAAUUACAAAUGGUUCACCACUCAUGGUCGUUAUCUUCUCCCGAGUUCACUAAUUGGAAGCCAUGCCACUGCAAUAGACACCACCUCAAAUAUACAAGGCGAUUUUCCACGAUCUUCACUGGAAUUUAUUUCAAAUUCUUCAAGCUUGAAAGGCACAACUUCUGCAAGAGACCACCACUUGAACCCAGAUUCUACCGUACCCGCAUUUCCCUACCCGUCGGAUCGGAAGGGGGUGGUGCCUAAUAAUUCUCAUCCAAAAAAGCAAACGGG